AUGAGUCACAUCGGCCACAUUGAACCUUUCGACGAGACCACGAGUGACUGGCGCUCGUACGAGGAAAGGUUGAAAGCCUAUCUUUUGGUCAACGAUGUUCCAGUAGCAAAGAAGGUUCCUGCGUUCCUGAGUCUCAUCGGCGCGAAGACCUACGCGCUGCUCAAGUCGCUGACGGCACCGGACGCACCGUCGUCACGAGAGUUUGACAGUCUCCUGAAACUCCUGAGCGAUCACCUGGCACCGCAGUCGUCUGUCAUCGCAGAGCGUGCUAAAUUUUACAAGCGGUCACAGCGAAGCGGCAAGACCAAGCGAGAGCACUUCCGUAACUUGGAAGCCGUCUUGUCAAGAUUGCAGGAACGCGGUGUGCGCAUCCGGCGCGAUAAGUGCUCGUUCUUUCAACGAGAGCUCCGUUAUCUGGGCCACGUCAUCAACGCCGAGGGUGUUUGCGCAUCGCCUGAAAAGGCCAAGACAUCGCUCGCGAAACGAGGCGUGAUCCAUUACUAA